AUGAAGCAAUUGCAGUCGCAGCUUCAUGGAUUCCGAUUAUCGAAACCUUGUGGAUUAAGCAAGCGAAUUCCCAUGGCUUCAAUUUCUCGUCUCUCCAGUUUCAGCUCAAGCUCGCUCAGAUUCCCCUCUCUAUUAUUUCAUCCGCUCUCAUUGUCUCACUCCGUUGCUCGGCUUCCCUAUGUUCUUCGCCUCCGCGCUCGUUCCGUAGCCGCGAAACCCGUCUCCAUGUGCAAAAUGAACGAUUCAGAUUUGAUAUCACAGUUGGAGCUGGGGAAACCAGUGCAGAGUCGGAAGCCGGAGAAGCGUGUGAACGGUAUAUUCUGGAUUAUUCUUCUCAACAUUGGAAUAUAUGUGGCUGAUCACAUUUUUCAGGUUCGUGGUAUAGGAGCCCUGUACCUGUACCACAAUCGUCCUGCUUGGUAUCAGUUUUUUACAGCAACAUUUUGUCAUGCUAAUUGGAACCAUCUCUCUAGCAAUCUUUUUUUCCUGUAUAUAUUUGGAAAACUUGUUGAGGAAGAGGAAGGAAACUUUGCUUUGUGGCUCUCCUAUAUUCUUACCGGUGUAGGUGCAAACAUUGUGUCAUGGCUAAUUUUACCAAGAAAUGCUGUUUCGGUUGGAGCUUCUGGUGCUGUUUUUGGGUUGUUUACCAUAAGUGUCCUCGUAAAGAUGUCAUGGGAUUGGAGGAAGAUCCUCGAAGUCCUUAUACUUGGUCAAUUCGUUAUAGAGAAGGUCAUGGAAGCUGCCCAAGCAUCGACUGCCCUAUCAGGAAGCUUUCGUGGAGGAUAUUCCUUGCAGAAUGUCAACCAUGUUGCCCAUCUCUCCGGGGCGCUUGUCGGGGUCGUUCUAGUAUGGCUGCUGAGUAGAAUUCCGUCUCCUCCUGAUCAAGACGUAUCGCCUUUGAAUAGGAAAGGAAGAUAGAAUUGCAGAAGGCAAUUCCAGUUUGAAAUUGAACAAUGUGUUGCUGUAUAAUAUGUAUUUUUAUGUCUCUUGUUUAAAAUAGUUCACCUAGGAACAGUAAAUUUUUUUACGGAAAAGAACUUUGGAACCAAGGAAUAUAAUGUGAUGUUUGAGAACGGAAAACCAGACCGAUUUAUUCCAUUGACCUGGAAAAUACAACUCAGAAAGAGAAAUUGAAGAUUA